CAGGAGCGGAUGUUUCCGCCGGGACAAACAUAAUCUUUUCACCAUGGACGUGUUUAUUGCUUGUGGAUGAUGUUUUUGCUGCACAUAUAAAGAGGUCUCCAGCCCAAUCUGAUCCCGUCUGCCUCUUGAGGACCAGGAGCAAAUGCCACUCUACUAAAACAGGAUUAAAUCAGGAAUCUGUCACCUGACGCUAAGUAGGUGUGAUCUGCUGGCUGCAACCAUGGGAAACCAGCUGACUGAUAUCGCUCCUAACACGUCCUUCCUGCCAAACUUCCAGUCCCUGCACGUGGUUGUUAUCGGGCUGGACUCGGCCGGAAAAACCUCUCUGCUCUACCGGCUCAAACUGAAGGAGUUCGUGAAGACCAUCCCCACCAAGGGCUUCAACACGGAGAAGAUCAAGGUGGCCGUUGGGACGUCCCGGACAAUAAACUUCCAGGUGUGGGAUGUUGGCGGCCAGGAGAAACUGCGCCCCCUGUGGAAGUCUUACACCCGACGGACAGAUGGCCUGGUGUUUGUAGUGGACUCUACUGAGGUGGAGCGGAUGGAGGAGGCCAAAGUGGAGCUCCACAAGAUCACCCGCACGUCGGAGAACCAGGGGGUCCCCGUGCUAAUCCUGGCCAACAAGCAGGACCAGGAGUCAGCCUUGUCCGUCAGCGAAGUGGAGAAGAUGCUUUCUGUCCACGAACUGAGCAUGUACACGCUGCAUCACGUGCAGAGCUGCAGCGCUGUGGAUGGUGAGGGGCUCCAACAGGGCCUGGAGAAACUUUACGAGAUGAUUCUCAAGAGGAAGAAGAUGGUGAAGCACAAUAAGAACAGGAGGAGAUGAACUCUUUAUUGACGCUGUGGACAUUAGGAGAUUUAUCCACGGUUGGGACACUUCUUUAAUGGACCCUUUUAAUGGGCGAUUUGUGCCAACACAACAACAAUAACCCUCGGCCGCAGGGUCAGGAGGAAUGGAUUUGCUCAUAAUAAUUGAAGCAGUAUCGACAAAUCCUUUGUUCUGCCCCUUGAAAGCUAUUAUAGAUUUGAAGGGAACCUUGAUAGCAAUUAGUUUUCACUAAGUGCUUUUCUACACUUGUUUUAAAGAAGACUUUGCCUGUUAACUGUAGGACCAAUAUAUAAAGAUUUACUUCCAUGUGGCAGGUUCCUAUAGAAUUUUGAAUGUCCUUAAUAUCCUUCACAAGCUUGCACAGAUUUUCCUCCACUAAAUGGUUGUUUAUGUUCCACGGAUUCUUCCCCGAAAUAUUUAUUCCAUAUUUCUGUGUUUGUGUUGGACAAAAGGGACCUUCUUUUUGGAAAUAAGACAGAUUUCAGUUGGUGAAGGAGCUAAAACGUAUAAUUCAUUUUGUUGCCAUGACUGAACAGUUAUCCCAAGUGCAUUCCCUUUGUGGCCACACAGGUUAAGUUUCAGUUACUUUAUUAAUAAUAAUAAUGUUUAUACAAAUUGUACAUUUUUUAACACUGAAGAAUUAAUAAAUAA